AACUCGAUAGGAUCGAUUAUGGUUCGAUAGUAGGCUCGAUAGAAGCUCGAUAGGAGCUCGAUAGAAGCUCGAUGGAUAUGUGGUAUAUAUUACAAGGGCUCGAUAGGUUCGAUAAUGGUUCGAUAUUAGACCAGACUGUAGCUCGAUGGUUAUUUAUGUAGACAGAUUUUUCUUAGCUCGAUAGGCUCGACACUGGCUCGAUAGGCUCGAUAAAUUUAGGUUGUUGAUAUUGCUCGAUGGAACUUGAUAGUUGCUCAAUAGGGUAUGUUGCAGCUCGAUUAUAUCUCGAUAGAGAUCGAUAGAGCUCGAUGACAACUUAUUUCAGUGUUUUUAUGAAAUUUUUUUUAUUCUGUUUUCUUACCAAUUUUUUUUCAUGUGUUGUUACAGAUGCCUAAGUUGCUUGUUCCAUUCAGUGAUCACUUUCCUGGUCGAGUGACAUAUCGGGGUAGUAGUACUUUAAAUCACAUUAAGACCAGGUUUUUGGAGCUCGGGCUGCUUGAAAGGGCUAAGGAAUCCCCUUUCAAGCAAUUCUUUUUGGCUUCGGAGUUUAAUUUCUCCGGAGUCUUGGUGCAUCAACUGUUGCUGAGGAAAAUCGCCAGCAACAACGAAGAUGAGGUGCAUUUUUUCUUGGGGUCGAAGUCUUGUAGAUUCGGCAUGGGAGAGUUUGCCCUGGUGACGGGGUUGGAUUUCAGUGCCUUCCCGUCACCAGAAGAGUUGGAAGGGCGUAAUCUCAGCGACCGGUUGAUAAAGGAGUAUUUCAACGAUGCUGAGAAAGUAAAGCUGUCACAGGUGGACCAUGCUUUCAAGACUUGUACGGUUGUGGAAGAUGUGUACAAGCUUGGUCUAUGUCUGUUUGUUGAGGGGGUUCUGAAUGCCAUUGAGGGCAAGUUGCACAUUUGGUGAGAUAUUCUAAAAAUUGUUGAGAAUGUAGAGUAGUUCUUCAGCUAUCCAUGAAGUACUCUUAUAGGAGGCUGUUGCAUUAUUGUAAGAAGGACAUGGUGAAGCAAAAUGCCAACUAUGAUGCCAAGAAGGAUGCCAAGGUGCAGCAAGAGUCCAAAUACAGUAUGUAUGGUUAUGCCCCCGCCUUACAGUACUGGGCAUAUGAGGCUAUCCAACAGCUUGCGGUGGAGCUUGUUGUGAGCUUGGGAAACAUGUUCCUGAGGAUGCUUAGUUGGUCGCAUCGGAGGAACAAGGAUUUCACCAAGUCCGUCAUCGCACCGAUAUUAUUGAAGAAGAAUUUAAUUGUUCUUCCGAUGUUGAAGCCUCGGCUAGCAGAAAAAGACUAUUACUUGUCUUUGACUGAGGGGAGAUCUUCCCCUUUAUCCUGGGCUUGGCCAGGAUCCCUCGGAGACUGAUGAGGAGGAGGAUGCGACUUUUGAGAAAAUGGCAGAGAAAGUUUCUCAGGCUGCUGAGGCAGCCAAGAUAUUUGUUGAUGCUGCCCCGGGGGAGGAGGUUGUAGGUCCCACCCCUCCUAUUGCCCCAGCCUCAGCCCCAGCCUCAACCUGUGCCCCAACAUCAGCCCCAGCCUCAGCGUCAGCCCCAACACCAACCCCAACACUAGCCUCAGCCUCAGCCCCAGCCUCAACCUGUGCCCCAACAUCAGCCCCAGCCUCAGCGUCAGCCCCAACACCAACCCCAACACUAGCCUCAGCCUCAGCCCCUGAGCUCGCCGACUUGAUUGAGUGGUUGGACAGAGUCGAGGGUCGACAAGAGACCCUCUUGAAGAACCAGUCAGUGAUCUUGGACGUACUCAGUCAGAUCCUGACAUUUAUUAAGGAGAAACCGAGGGGGUCCAAUGAAGAUUCAGAGUCAGAGUCAUUGGAUAUUCCGCUAGACUAUGUUGAUGAUCCAACGACGCCUCCUACCAUCAUUGUGACACCAGAUGCUGAGACUCCGGGAGUCGUUAUUGUCAACCCUGAGGAUGUUGCUGGGGUUUAGUUUCAGAGGGCUAGACGCCAAAGACGCAAGCCAGAUUGGUUUGAGGACUAUACGGAUCCCACGAGGAAAAGACCUCGCACUGCUGCAGCUGCACCAGCAGACGAGGCUACACAAGAGGCUACACAUGUGCUGGACCCUCUCAAGAAGCCAGAUCCCAAACAAUAUAGGACAAUGUGCAAGUGGCUUCUUGGAGACAUGCCCAACAAGACCCCGCGGGAUGUAAAGACUGGGAGUCACGGUCCAGCGUGGUUUCUGACGUUGAAGACACCCCAGUCGUGGCUCAAUGAUGGGCAUAUUGAUGCGUCAGAACACAUGCUUUGUAUGCGUCGCAAGUAUUUUCCCAAUAUAUAUCGACAGAAUGCAGUUGUGAUGAACAAUUAUUUCUCACAAGUGAUACCUGCCCGAUAUGAUCAGUACAAGCAAACAGCCGACAAAACAAAGUAUUAUUGGGAUGCUGACAUUAUGUCCAUGUUGACCGGCAUCGAGCAGCAGUUUCUGGCAUCUUGGGGAGGAGUUGAGGAUGUAUAUUGGUGCCAGAACUAUGGACAACAACAUUGGUUUGCCAUUGAGGCUUCCAUUUCUAGUUGGACUCUGACUGUUUACGAUUCGGAAAACUCGGUGAUUAGUGACGCAAAGCUUGAGGAUAUUAUGAGUCCAUGGUGCUUUAUGCUUCCUUCUCUGUUAAUGCAGAGUAAACUGUUUACUGAUAGCUUGAUGUUGAAGAUUCCAUCAGCAGGAAAUAGGCCGCAUCGGUUCACAUUGCGUCGCAAACAGAAACACGAGCUCCCUAAGUCAAAGAGAAGCGGGGAUUGUGGUGUGUAUGCUAUCAAGUAUAUUGAGCAUCUAAUGGUCGGUCUUCCAUUGGAAACUAUCUGCGAUGAAAAUAUGGAGGUGUUCAGGAACAAGUGGACCACAGACUUGUGGUAUCAAAAUUUGUUACCUUGAUGAUUGUAUAUAUAUAGGGUCUUUACAUGUACAGUUUGUUGUUCAUAUUUUUUUUAUAACUUUCAUGGGCUGUUAUUGAGCUAAUAUCAAGCUAUAUCAAACUAUUAUUGAAUUAUCAAAAUUUGUUACCUUCA